AUGUUAUAUAAUUGUUCCUCAGUGUUGCUGAGCACUGCGGAAGAAGGAAGAUUGAGUAAAGCAUACAACAACCUCGGCAGUUUCAAAGAAAAAAGUGGUUUUCGUAAAAAUUUAGAUGCACUACUUAUUGAGAGGCAAAUUAUAGCCGAAAUUUACUUCUUAGACUCGUCUAAACUGGAUGGAGGUGAUUUUGCGAGCAUCGUCAAAGAUCUGAAAUCAAAAGAUUGA